GCCGAAUGUAGGUGUGUUCCCAGCUAACAUCAACAGUCGAGCCGGUGAACGUAUCACAGAGGGACGGGAGUAAAUGGUGUGUGAUAGCAUGUAGCAUUCUCCGGCCACUGCUGAGGAAUGUGAGCGAGGAAUUUACUGCACCUAACGGGGAUGCUUCUGGUCCAUGUGUUUUUCUGCUUUGAAAGCACUGAAACUCAACCUCCCCACCAAUACUGCUGAAUUAUGAACAGGGGUGAGAGUUAUGGAGCCCUUUAAUAUGGUUAACGGUUAAACAAGUGCUGCUCGGAUUUUAGCCAUAACCUUCAAAAGUUGGCUGUAGGCAGGAAAAACGCAUUAUCACAUAUUUACAUAAAGAUUAUUUAGUGAUGAUUGUGCAUGGCAAAGUCAUUAUCGCUGUGCUAUAUCCAAACAAGUGGAGUGUUUGGAUGUCAAGAGGAAAAAACAUACAGGGAUGACAGCUAAAGUUGAACCACAGUCUUUGAAUACUGGGCCCAGUGCCAGCUUGUGGUCAUGUAGUUCCACUAAUAACGACACUAAGCUUCUUUCAGACCCACUUUUUGUAAUUGUUUACAGUCCUUUUUGCUUCAAAAUGGAGACAAACAUUUAUAAAUAUGAGCAUUAUGGUUGGAUUAGCCCUGCUCACACUGCAGACAGCGUGAAAGAUGCACAUUUCUGACACUCAAACACACACGCUGACACACUUUCUGACUCAAAAAAAUAGGCGUAUAUAGGCGAGAAUCAAUUUCAUGUGUUAACUACAUUAGGAGACAAUUUGUACUGAAAUCCAUUUCAGCUCAGCAGGAUUCACUGCUGAACAUGAGGCACAGUUUGGUGGUUUUGCUGGUUAUUAGCAACCAUGCAAUUACACUCAUACAUUUCCAGAAUCCCCUGGUAAAACAUGCAUUAAUAUCUGCUGACACGAUUUUUGGUAAAACCGCGAGAGAUUCAUACGCCAUGUAGAAAAUAUGAGAGCAUGUCGGAGUGCUUAGCACAGGCUGCCGUCACACCAGGCAAAAUCUCACUAGUAAAUCUGAUGACCACAUUUGCUGAUAUUCAUGUGCAGUAUUUUUCUUAUCCUGGAGUGCUACCGAGGCUGCCGCUCUGCAAGCUUUUCCUCACAGAGCUUUCCAGAGAAGGGAUUGGACGGCGGGAUAGCCAAUGGGCGGCUGAGCAGCAGGUUAUUUGAACUCUCCUCACACAGCUCAACUAAACCAGACAACAUCCUCUGACUUUUCAAACAUUUUUCUCUCACAAGAGUCUGUCAUCGUCUGUCUGCUCAGUCACUGCUCCCGUGGGCACAGAAGUAAGAGGACGGAACCCUUUUUUUCUUUUCUUUUUUAAAUUACCUUUACAUCGAGUGUAUCCAGGAUGGGAACCUGCUGCUUCUAUUUACAUCUGGAAGUCAACUGAUGCACCUGUUGAUCGAGGAAAACUCUCUGUGUUUAACAAUGAACAAAGUGGCUGAGAUGAAGUCUGACACUCGGCUUCAUUUUGAGGACAACAUGAGAUCAGAGGAGAGGAGCAGACUGAACUGUGUAGACUUACCUCAGAGCAGUUUAACAGACAGACAGAACACAGACCUGCUGCGAUGCCAGGAGACCACUGACGACAGCUCUCCUAUCAAGUACAGAAGAUAUGGGUCUCGUCUGGGUGGGGUCAAAGCUCGCCACAAGAGACAGGUGCUGCAGGACAUGGCCCGGCCGCUGAAACAUUGGCUGUACAAACACCGGGACAACCCCUACCCCACCAAGACCGAGAAGGUCCUGCUGGCUCUGGGCUCACACAUGACGCUAGUGCAGGUUUCGAACUGGUUUGCGAACGCCCGGCGGAGGCUGAAGAACACAGUGAGACAGCCGGACCUGAGCUGGGCCCUGAGGAUCAAACUGUACAAUAAAUACAUCCAGGGGAACGCUGAGAGACUGAGCGUGUGCAGCGAUAACACCGACUCAGAUGAUGAAGAGUGUCCCUUACAAACUCCAAUCAGCCAAUCAGACUUUGGCAGGUCAUCAUCCCACAAGAGCGUGCUCGAGAAGCAGGGCAGCGUCCUCGCCAUGGCGGACUCCGCCAACAGUGACGACAGCGCGUCGCCUCCAUCCAAGUACAAGAGCAGUUUACUGAAUCGGUAUCUGAACGACACCCUGCGGCACAUGAUGGUGGCAAAGGCUGACGUCGUCACCUCGACCCGCAAGAGGAGGAGCCACUCCGAGUCGUUCAGCUCCAACGAGUGUGAUCGAGAUGUUGUAUCUCCGGCGUCGUCCUACGAAACAGAGGCCAACUUUGUCUACCACAUGGACACAAUGGACUAUACUUCAACUAAAUGUGACAGACAACAGCAGCAUGGCCGAGGCCAGCAGAGACAAGACGAUCAGGGCUGGAGGGAGAUCCACGCCGCCGUUGCUCUGACCAGCUUGGCCCAGGGGCAGAGCUGCACAGCAGACCAGAGCCACGUGACAGUGCCCAAAGCUGAGCCCUUCUCGGUUACGAGGACCACUAUCAUGGACAGGAUGUGUGUCACAGGACCCACCGCCGCUCUGAGGCAGAGCUGCACCACGGGGCCCACUCUCACCAACCGCAUCAUCCAGAAGUCCUCUCAUAUCUCUGAGGUCCAGACUGUUAACGUGGCUCUGGCAAACAGUGUAUAGGCAUUUAAUUUAAGCAUCUGGUCUAUCGUUCCAUAUAGGAAUACCAGAUGUUUAAGUGCCUUGCAAUAUCUGUACAUCCUCUGUUAUUUUGUAAUGCUGAUAACCUUUGACGUUUAAAUAAUUUUUACAUCGUAAAAUGGAAAAACUAACCUAAUGCAGUUGAAUAUUUUCUACUGUUAUUGCCAUGUUUCUAAUGUCUUUUGCCAUCUAUUGCCAUCUGUUGCAGUAAGUUAUAUUAACUUCUAUGAGACUGGAUUAUCAUCCAAUGCUAAAGUUUGACAGCAGCUAUUUGAAUAAACCUGAUGUGAAAUCUUUUGA